GAAACAGAGUAUGAGUACUUUGCGUUUUAAAACUACAGUCUGGAACAUCUUUACCACAGCGCUGUUGAUUUGCACGGUUCACGGCACUGGAGGACGAGCGGCCGACAGUAAAGAAUACCCGAGUUUUAAUGGAUGGUACAACAACCUUGCUAAUCCUUCGUCAGGUGCAACAGAAACCGCGCUCACGCGUCGCCUGAAAUCUCACUAUGAAGAUGGGGUGUAUGCACCUUCCGGCUCUGGGCGCCCAAACCCACGAACGUUAAGCGUUGAAAUCGCCAGCGGUCCAUCCGGCCUUCAUUCGUAUGAUAACAAAACUACAUUGUUCGUCUAUUUUGGGCAACACAUCAUUAAAGAAAUAGUUGAAAACUCCCGGCAAGGUUGCCCGCCCGAGUAUUUCUGGAUACCGGUGCCUGAAGGGGACGAAAUAUUUGACCCUCGAGGCGACGGAAACAUCCGUUUACCGUACCAUCGUUCACCCUACAUAGCUUCGAACACCGGGUACACUCCUAACCACCCUAGAGACCAGCUAAACGAAGUAACUUCGUUACUUGACGGAGAUAGCAUAUACGGGUCCACUAAAGCAUGGUCUGGAGAACUUAGACUCCGCAAACAAGAUUGUCCUGAGAGAUUGUUUACUUCCAAUAUAUUUGCAAGCAAGAAGAACCCGACAGAUUGUAGAGGCGAGUUGAGAUCAGCGGACGAUGAUGGAAAACUGCCGAUGCGAAAUACCAUCGGCCUUCCACUCCAAAAUCCAGUUGUUCCGGUGUACCACGAAAUGAGGAACGCGAAAAGACUCUUCGCUACGGGCAGUCGCACCGGUAACGAAAAUCCGUUUCUCCUUACGAUCGGUGUCACGUGGUUUCGGCACCAUAAUUGGUUGGCACGGCAACUAAGGGACAACAACCCUGAUUGGUCAGAUGAGCACGUGUUUAUGGAGUCCAGAACUCGUAACAUUGCGACUUACCAGAAAGUAUUCUUUUACGAGUGGUUGCCCAUCUUACUCGGGUCUUGUCCUUCGUGUGAAGAAAUACCAAGAUACACGGGUAAGAGAUUAAGUGUUUUUUAA